UCUUCCAAAAUGCACUUCUUUCUCAACAUCCUCGCCUUCGCCUCCAUUGGCAUAUUUGUCAACGGAGAAGAGUGGUGUAUGUCACAAUUUAUGACAGGUUGGCAAUACGCAGACAGACGUCGUCCAUUUCAAUCUGGAAAAGCUUCUAGUGUGACUGAAUGUAUGAACAGAUGUUUGAACAAUCCUAUAUGCUUGUCCUCCGAAUUCCUCUACAACAAUGGGGAUAGCCACAGCUAUGCUACAUUCAGUAUAAAAACCCAUGUUUUGGUGCCUAACACAUAUUAUAACAAACCAUUGGAAAAUAAGUGGAGUGACGUCAAAUCCGAUGUGGCUUUUAAGGU